AUGUGCCGCGUCGUGCUGCUCAACCAGACCCAGUACGUUGAUCAUCAGUUGGGAGCGGGGCUCCCAAGUAUCCCAGGACGGGGGAUAUCCGCGCCACCGGACGAGAUAACUCGUCCGACGUCCGUUCACGUCGCGGUGGUUCAACAGCUGCUCAACUAG